AUGGCGUCCACGCCACGGACGCCGGCGCCGGCGCCUGAGAGGGCGCCGCCGCCCGUGCCCACUCCUCCUCCGCCUGUGGAGACGCCCCCGCCGCCGUCGCCCUCAUCGUCACAGCCGGGCGACGAGUACCACACGCCGGCGCCGUCUCUGGCCGACGGGUCGCCGCGGGAGGAGGCCAGCUUCCCCAGCGACGGGAACGGGAGGGAAGGAGGAGCGCCGCCGAGGAGCCCGCAGCUCUCGCCCAUGCGCCUCGCCGCGCCGCGCCUCCUGCUGCCGCCGCCCAGCCCCCGCACCCCCACCGGGCAAAACGGGCAGGAAGAACAAGAGGGGAGCGCUGAGGCCGCGGCGGCGGGAACGGCGGAGCCGGCACGCGAGCCGCUCCGCCUGGCGACGAAGGGCCUCGCCCGGUCGCCGUCGUCGUCGCAGAGGUCGCUGGCCACCACCAACUCCUCCCCUUCUCCGCCGCCGUCGCCGCUGAUUCCCGCCGCGCCCGUGGUCAACAGCAGCAUCAGCGGCAACAACAACAGGAGCGGCCAGAGCACGCACAAGCGCGCGGCGGAGACGAAGCUGCCGCUGUCAUCGUUGCCGCCCGCGGCCACGGCCGCGAUCGCGGUGCAGCACUUCAACCCGGUCGAGGAGGCCGUGACGUCGCCGCUGCACCUCGGCCAGGCGCAGCGGCUCGACCACUACCACCACCAGCAGCAGCAGGAGCAGCACGCGGCGGCGGCCGCGGAGAACGGGGGAUCCGUGCCCCGCGACGUGGCGGCCGCGGUCGCGGUCGGCCAGCGGAGGGAGCUGUCGGUGACGCUGCGCCUGGCCACGGCGUUGCUCAGCCUCGCGGCCUUCUCGGUCAUCGCCAGCGCCCGCACGACCGGAUGGGCCGGCGACUACUACGCCCACCACCUGCAGUUUAGGUUCGGCACGGACGCCUUCAACAGGAAGAUCACCAGCGCCCUGUGGCUGUCCUUCAUUGCGUUCCUGAUGCUCGCUCUGAACGCGCUCAUCUCCACAGCUAAUCUCUUCAGCAUGCUCUGA